AUGGCCGACAUUUCCAAGGAGGUGACCGACGUCGACCAAAGGAAUCCGGAGACGAACCCAGUCUACUCGAGCAGUCAAGAGAGCUUACAUGGUAUCAACGAGAAGUCCCUCCUGCGAAAGCUUGACUACAAGCUACUACCAGCUCUCACCCUCCUAUAUCUCCUCUCAUUCUUGGACCGCUCCAACGUUGGCAAUGCGAGAAUCGAGGGCUUAACAGCCGACCUGCAUAUGACAGGCAACGAAUACCUGAGUGGUUUGACGCUGUUCUUUGUUGGAUAUGUCAUCGUCGAGGUGCCAUGCCAGGUCAUCCUCAAGCUAUGGACGCCGCGCAUGUGGCUUCCCACGCUGACAUUGGCAUGGGGUGUCGUAUCAACUCUGAUGGGAGUGACCCAGAAUAAGGCUGGCUUUUUCGCCGUGCGCUUCUUCCUCGGUGUUUCCGAAUCCGGCCUCUUCCCUGGCAUUGUGUACUACUUAUCCUUAUGGUACAAGAGGGAGGAGAGGCACUACCGCGUCGCGCUGUUCUUUAGUGCUGCGGCGCUAGCUGGCGCCUUUGGUGGCAUUCUAGCAUGGGGCAUCGCGCAUAUGAGAGGUGUGGCCGGCUACAAUGGUUGGAGGUGGAUCUUUAUUCUGGAAGGUCUUCUUACUGUUGUUGUCGCCGCCAGCGCCUACUUCUUUAUUCACAACUAUCCCAGUACCGCGACGUUUCUCAGUGAGAACGAACGAGAUGUGAUUCAACGCCGGUUGAAAGCUGAUAGCGACGCCACCAACGAUGAAGCCUUCAAUUGGGCCAAUGUUCGCAAAGCCCUCACCGACAUCAAAGUCUAUCUGUACUGCUUCAACUUCCACACUAUGUCGCUUCCGCUCUAUACUCUGUCGCUCUUCCUCCCAUCCAUUAUCCGCGAUCUGGGCUACAGCUCUGCUCAGGCUCAGCUGCUCACUAUCCCACCCUACGCCAUCGCCUUCAUCACCACAAUGACGAUGGCCGUGCUUUCAGAACGGUACAAGCGCCGUGCACCGUUUAUCAUUGGCUCCUCAUCUUUCGCGAUCAUUGGCUAUAUCCUUUUACUCGCCGACCCUCGUCCUGGUCCCUCCUACACUGGUACUAUCUUCGCUGCUGCUGGCAUUUACCCUUCCGUCGCCCUCGUGCUCGCAUGGCCAGCCAACAAUGUCUCGGGCCAAACUAAGCGGGCAGUCGCCAACGGGCUUCAGAUUAGCAUCGGAAACCUCGGCGCUGUGCUUGGCACGCAGCUUUAUCGCACCGAGACAGCGCCACGUUACUUUCUGGGGCACUCGUUUGCGUUGGCUUACCUCGUGGCCAACGUUGCUGUCGCGAGCUUGACUUGGUGGGUACUAAAGCGCGACAAUGAGAAGAAGGAGCGCCGUGUUGCGGGGAAUGAGGCCACCAAGGAUGGACCUUUCAUUGGGGACGAGGAUGUGAGGUGGCGCUUCCACCUCUGA